AUGACAUCGAAUAAUGUGCCUCAGAGCAGUGAUAAAACCCAGAAAACAGAAAGACUUGAUGUUAAUCUGACCGAUUUAGAUAAUAAUGAUAAAGAAAACAUUGAUCAGCAUAUUAUUCUUGUACAGAAAGUUAAAGCGAAAGGCAAAAAAGCACACAAUAUUAGUAAAAAUGUUGAUCUAAAUCA